AUGGACUUCACCUUCCAUCCAGGCACCAAUGGCACCGACCCUUGGGUCGACUUCUACCCCUACGCUCCCUCAGCUCCAGCAGGCUACGCAUUCGUCGUGAUAUUCGGCCUCAUAACCGCCAUCCACAUAUUCCUCAUGUUUCCCUUCCGCGCGGCCUACUUCAUACCUCUCAUAAUCGGAGGAAUCUGCGAAGCAUUCGGCUACUACGGCCGCGCCUGGUCCCACACAGACCGGACACGCAUCGGCUCCUGGGCCCUCCAACAAAUCCUCAUCCUCUGCGCGCCACCCUUCGUCGCCGCAACAAUCUACAUGGUGCUCGGCCGGAUCAUCCGCGCCUUCGACGCCGAGCACCUCUCCGUCAUCCGCACAAAGCGGCUCACGACCAUCUUCGUGAUCAACGACGUCCUGUGCUUCCUGACGCAGAUUGCCGGCGCAGGUGUGCAGGUCACGGGCGACGAGCACGUCAUGGAUAUCGGCCGGAAAGCCGUCCUGGCCGGACUGGUCUUCUCGCUGGUCGUGUUUUGUGUCUUUAUUUGGGUGGCCGGGGUGUUUCACCGCCGGCUGGUGAGUGAGCCUACCCCGACGGCGGCGCGGAAUCCGCAGCUGGGGUGGAGGCGGUAUAUGUGGGCGUUGUAUGUGUCUUGCCUGGCGAUGAUGGUGCGUAAUCUUGUGCGGACAGUGGAGUUUGCGGCGCCUAAGGGGUCGGUUUUGAAUACGCAGGAGGUGUAUAUUUAUGUGUUUGAUGCGGGAUUGAUGGCGGUUUGUAUGGGUGUGCUGGGAUUAUGGCAUCCAGGGAAGUUGGUUAGGGAUGCAAGGAGAGCCAACAAGGCGAGUGCAUCUAUGCUGGGUGGGCCUAUGGAGGAGAGGUGUUCGGCGGAUGUUCCUUUGACGGGGUAUCAAAGAGUGUAG